GCAUCUGGCAAUGAGGUACAGCACCACAGCAGGGGACGAGGUGGAGGAUAUGGAGGUGCUGCUCAGGGUGGUCAAGAAACACCUCCCAGCCGUGCAGGGCGUGUCAGUGGGAGCGAUAGCAUCGGACUACCAGAGGGAGAGAGUGGAGCAUGUAUGCUCGAGGCUGGGCCUCACUCCCCUCGCCUACCUGUGGCAGCGACCACAAAAAGCACUGCUAGACGACAUGAUAGCAUCGGGCAUCCACGCCAUUCUCAUCAAGGUGGCAGCUCUGGGCCUAAGACCGGAGAAGCAUCUGGGGAUGCGGUUGGAGGAGAUCCGAGGCACCAUGCAUGCGCUGGCAGGCAAGCACACAUAGAGAUGGACGCCUCUCACAUCAUCCUACACUCGCCAGACCCCGUUGCCCCUGUGGGCGUGCUGCGAAUUACAGCCUUCCACGUGGCACCCAAGACCCAAGAUGGAGCUGCUGCUCCUGAUGAUGCUGCUGACGUGGCUCUCCCUCCUCCAGUGAUCAUUGAUGCCAAUGACGAGGAUGCUUUUAGCGAGGAUGGCAAUGGCACUGCAAUGGGAGCAGCCGGGGGAGCUACAACCGGAACAGGGGCAGCAGCGGGAGAAGAGAACAGGGGGUUGGAUGGGGUGCGGGUGGCGGUGACAGUGCAGCGGCAUGGGUUUACUCUCGUAGCCUGCAACACAGAGGGGCACGAUGCACGUGGUGAGUCUGUUCAAAGUACACACCUUCGAACUUCAACCCGCUCCUUACCCCUCUCCCCCACGUGCUGCCCUCUACCCUGUCUGCUCUCUCCCCCAUUGCCCCCCCCUUCCCCCACACAUGCCAGCAAUCACAUCUCUCCAUCGCCCUCUCCUCCGUCUCCCACACCCUCCUCUCCCUCUCCCACACCCUCCUCUCCCUCUCCCUCUCCUGGUCGCACGCCCUUGAUGCCCACCUCCACCUUGCCAACUUUGCUUAUCUCCUCACCAGAAGCAUAA